AUGAAGAGCCUCUUUUGGAAUGUGAGAGGCCUGGCCAAUAGCUCCUCUAGGCUUGCUCUAAAGAGAUUAAUUAGUUCUAAUAAACCAGAUUUGGUUUUUGUGGCUGAACCUUGGAUGGACUACAAUAAGCUCCCUAAGGCUUGGCUGCAUAACUUGGAUCUGAAGUUGUUUGCCCUUAAUCAGAGAGGUGACCUUUUGCCAAACCUGUGGUGUUUUUGCAAAACAAAUCUUAAUCCCGAUAUUAUUUCCGUUGACGACCAACAUGUUUCUUUUACUAUUAAACUUAACAAUACCACUCUUUGUUUCUCUGCUAUUUAUGCUUCGACGAGUUAUAUUUGUAGGAGGAGUCUGUGGCAUAAGUUGAGCAAUGUUCUUCCUAAUGUGCCUUGGUGUUUUAUCGGAGAUUUCAAUGCAAUUAUCAGCUCUGAUGAAUACCGGGGAAAUCAUUCUCCCUCCAAAAUCCCCAUGACUGACUUCUUCAAUUGGUCUAAUGAUAAUCAUUACAUUCAUCUCCCUACGGUUGGCAAUUUUCUGACUUGGUCGAAUGGUCGCAAAGGUAGGAAUUUGACUGAAAAACGGCUGGAUAGAGCCAUUUGUAAUACUGAUUUCCUGGACGCCUGCUGCACUUUGGUUUGUAGUACUCUUCCUAGAUUUAAAUCGGAUCACUUUCCUAUCUUACUUACUUUUGAGGUUGAUAAAAUUUCUUUUAAAUCCCAAUUUAAGUUUCUUAGAAUGUGGUCUUCUCAUAAUGACUGCAUUAAUAUUAUUCAAAGUUCCUGGAAUGUUAAUGUUACAGGUUGCCCGAUGUUCAUCUUGGACAGAAAGUUAAGGAUUCUUAAAAAAAACCUUAAAACUUGGAAUAACAAUGUUUUCGGUAACGUUAUAAAUAAGGUUGAGGAAGCUGAAACUAUUCUCAAGGAGAUACAGGCUGACAUCUCCAGUCAUGGUUAUGAUGAGCUUCGGCAUGCUAAUGAGAUUAAAGCUCAAAAUGACCUUGAGAUGGCGCUUAAUGUUGAGGAAGAGUUUUGGAAAGAAAAAACUAGGCUCAAUUGGCUUGUGGAUGGGGACCGUAACACUCGGUUUUUUCACCAGUAUGCUAAAAUUCGCAGGAAGAUCAAAGUCAUUUCUGCUCUUAGAAUUAGGGAAGAUCUUAUCACUGAUAAUGAUAUUUUAGAAAACCAUAUUGAAUCUCACUUUGCUAACUUGUUUAACAGUAGGGUUGUUUUGCAGGAUAAUGGUAUGAUUCAGGGCAUUAUUCCUUCUAUGGUGGAUGCCAAAACCAAUGAUCUUCUCACAUUGACUCCUUCUGCCGAAGAGAUUCACAAUGCCAUCUUCUCGCUCAAUGCGGAUUCGGCUCCGGGCCCGGAUGGUUUUGGGGCUUAUUUCUUCCAGAAAUAUUGGGAUGUUAUAAAACUUGAUGUCAUUAAUGUUGUUUGUUCAUUCUUUUUGCAGAGCUGGAUUCCUUCAAACUACAAUACGAACACUAUUGUUCUUAAUCCCAAGACCAACUCAGCCUAUUCUUUGAAUCAGUUUAGGCCUAUUGCGCUGGCGAAUUUUAAAUACAAGAUCAUCUCCAAGAUUCUCGCUGACAGGCUUUCUUCCAUCCUUCCUUCCUUAAUUUCUCCUGAACAAAAAGGAUUCAUCCAUGGUAGAAAUAUUAAGGAUUGCAUUUGCCUCACCUCGGAGGCCAUUAACCUCCUUAAUAACAGAAGCUUUAGUGGCAAUGUCGCUCUAAAGAUCGACAUCUCUAAAGCGUUCGACACGCUCAGUUGGCCGUUUAUCAUUAAAACCCUUGAGUGUUUUGGUUUCAAUGAGAAAUUUUGUAAUUGGAUUAAAGUCAUUCUUAAUUCUGCUCAUUUGUCUAUUGGCUUUAACGGCAAACUCGUCGGUUAUUUCAAAUGCUCUAAUGGCGUUAGACAAGGAGACCCCCUAUCUCCUCUCCUUUUUUGUUUAGCCGAGGAGGUCCUUAGUAGGGGGAUUAAAAAGUUGGUUAAUGAGAAUAAAAUUAAUCUCAUCAAGGCUUCUAGGAAUUAUUUUGUCCCCUCUCACACCCUUUAUGCGGACGACAUUAUGAUUUUUUGUCGAGGGGACCAUAAAUCUCUUACCGCCAUUGCUGCAUUCUUACAUGAAUAUGCUUCUUAUUCUGGCCAGUUUUGUAACUUUGCUAAAUCCCUUAUUUUUGCAGGUGGGAUGUCCACGGCUAGACAUCAAAGCUUAGCGGAUCUUCUGGGAUUCUCGACUGCCUUUCCUCCGUUCAUAUAUCUCGGGGCUCCUAUCUUCGUUGGUCGUCCGAAAGCUUCCCAUUUUCAGUUUGUGGCGGACAGAAUUCAUAUAAAGUUGGCGGCUUGGAAAGCUAGUUUGUUAUCCAUGGCGGGAAGAGUCCAAUUGGUGAAAUCCGUCAUUCACAGUAUGAUGAUUCAUUAUAUGACUGUUUAUAAUUGGCCGGCUAGCAUUAUCAAAAAUAUCGAGAAAUGGAUGCGCAAUUUCAUAUGGAGUGGUAAUUUGGAUAAGAAAAAGUUAGUCACGGUAUCUUGGAAGAUUUGCUGCAAAGAUCUUAAAGAGGGAGGAUUGGGUAUCAAAUCUCUUAGGAACUUUAACUCAGCUUCUAAUGCACUGCUCUGCUGGAAUUUCUUGAGAAACAAACAAGACUGGGCUAUGUUGUUGGCUGCCAGAGUUAGAAGAAACAACAAUUUCAUCAAUUAUUCCAUCAGCUCCUCCAUUUGGAGUAGCAUCAAAGGCUCGGUUAACACUGUGUUAGAGAACUCCCAGUGGGUUAUCGGUAACGGAAAAUCCACGUUAUUUUGGCUGGAUAAUUGGCUCGGAGACUCGUUGGUGAACAUUUUACAUAUUCCGAAGGUCUUCCACCGACACCUCACCUCAAAAAUCUGCGACUAUGUUGACAAUAACAAUUGGAGCUUUCAUGACAAUGUUUACACAGCUUUUCCCAGUCUCCUUGAGAGGAUAAAAAAGAUUAUCCAUCUUCCCCUUAUUGCGGAAGAGGACGAUUUGAUUUGGAAGGAGCUUGAUAAUGGCCAUUUAAAUCUUAAAUCUGCUUACAGGUUCUUUCAUGCCUCAACGCCGGCAGCUUCGUGGAAAACUUUUCUUUGGAGUCCGAAUGUUCCUCCCUCUCAUUCUAUGAUUGUGUGGCGCCUUAUCAAUAACAAAAUACCGACGGAUGAGAACAUGUCGAUUCGUGGUUUUGCUUUUCCCUCUAUCUGCAAUCUCUGUAAUUCGAAUCAAGAAACUUCCCAACAUUUAUUCUUUGAUUGCGUUUAUGUUCGGAAAAUCUGGGAUUGGCUUUAUGGCGUUAUUGACACUCAUUUGCAGAUCCAUUCUAUUAAGGAUUGCUAUGCUUUGAUCUCUGCCAGCAGCUCUCCUCAGGCAGGGGUGGUCCUUACGGCUUGUUUUAUUAAUGUUUUCGUGCAAGUUUGGAAAGCAAGAAACUUGGCCAGGUUUGAAAAUAAGGUCACUCAUUGGAAAACCUGUAUUACUAAUAUCAGUGCGAUGGCCAAGAUGGUUGGUAAUAAUACGAAGAAAUCCUCUAACUCUUCUAUGAUAAAUUUCUCUCUUCUCAAAAGAUUUGAUAUCAGGAUAAAUCCGACUAGAUCGAUCCGUCACAUUGACGUGUUAUGGUCUCCUCCGCCGGUGGGUUGGAUAAAAGGAAACAUUGAUGGGGUGGCUUCUGGUUCCCCCUCUAUUAGCUCUUGUGGUGGUAUAUUUAGAGACCACAUGGGUGAUCAUAUUGGGAGCUUUUGCAAUUUCUUGGGGGAAGGGAUAGCGGAGUUGGCGGAAUAUAGUGCUGUUAUGGUGGCCAUUGAGAAAGCUCAAGAUUGUGGUUGGCAGAAGCUAUGGCUUGAAUCGGAUUGCAUCAUUGUUGUUAACGCGUUUUCUAACUCUAACUUAGUGCCUUGGAUUAUCAAGUCUCGUUGGCUUAAGCGUCGGUCUUACACGCUUUCAAUAGAUUUCAUGAUCACACAUAUUUAUAGAGAAGCCAAUUUUUGUGUCGAUAUCCUGGCUAGUUUAGGUCUCAAACUUAGGAAUUUUUGUUGGUUCUCUCAUAUUGUUCCGGAUAUUCGUAGGGAUUUCUUGCUUGACAAGGAUGGUACCCCUAGACUUAGACUUCUUCACUAA